AUGAUAUUUCAGAGACAAUUUGCAUACAUUUUCACCUCAAGCCCUUCUGUUCUUCAAGCUGUUAACGAUAUGUCAAUUCUCUUGGCAGUCACCAUUCUUCUCAAUAGUGUUCAACCUGUUCUAUCAGGUGUAGCUGUUGGUUCGGGUUGGCAAGGAUUUGUGGCAUACAUAAAUAUUGGAUGUUACUAUCUAAUUGGACUCCCACUUGGAAUUAUCAUGGGAUGGAUCUUCAACAUUGGUGUUGAAGGUAUAUGGGGAGGGAUGAUAUUUGGUGGUACAACAAUUCAAACUUUGAUACUCAUCGUAAUAACAGUACGGUGUGAUUGGGAAAAGGAGGCAGAGAAGGCUGGUUCACGUGUAAACAAGUGGUCUGUAAUUGAGCCUAAUGGUCAGCUGCAGAUCACUGAUUAA